AUGAAUGUGACUGUUGGAACAGAUGAUGGUGGAAUUGAUGGUGCAAUUGAUGGAAGAAUAGCAAAAUUUGAAGAUCGCGAUUGUACUGUUGAAGAAGGAAUCGGUCGAGAAGUAGAGGGACAAGGAAGAGGAACAGCAAAAGCAUAUUAUGCACUUACAAAUCCGACUGCUAGCCAUUCUUCGGAUCUCAUAGCAUGGAAAAGGAACCAUGUAAACAAACAUUUGUUUGUAAAUUCUUUCUAG